AUGAGCGGAUACUUACCGGAAAAUAUAAACAUCGUUGUGGACAGCGUCCCUCGAGGGACUCUUGGCACAUUCGUACCAGGACAGACCAUCUCGGGCAAGGUCAUUUACACUCCUCGAGCUCAAGUCGACAUUGAUCACAUCAUCAUAAUCUGUAAAGGGGUCUGCUUCACAGAAAUCACGGAACGAAAUGGCAAUACCACAAGCCAUUAUCCCGAGAAAAUCACAUUAUUCAGAAACUUGGAGACACUCUUCAGAGGUCCCCAUACGAUUCCGUCAGGGACCUACGAAUGGCCUUUUCAUUUUGAGCUGCCUGACCAAGCGGACUACAACCGUAAGAGUCGAUCCAGAGACAACAUGUAUCAAACAGGGUUACAAGGAUUACCUCCGUCCUUCAAACUAGACAGCAGUGACCCAAAAGCACGAGUCACCUAUAAACUCAAAGUGAAAGUCAACCCAGGGAAGAUCAUACACAAGACUGAGCUUGCGAAAGAACUCCCUGUAUGGCCUCUCUCCCUUGCUCCUUUGAAGCCGCCGGUACCGCUGCACAAGUACAGUGAAGGCAAUGGACGCUUCAAAAGCAAGUCUCUACGACCAACCCAGCACACAUUCAAAGAGAAGAUGAGGCAUGCCUUUACCAGCGAUUCUUCGUUGAAAACUCCAGAAAUCAAUAUCGCGGUACAGUUCAAGAUGCCUCGAUGUGUCAGUGCAACUCAGUACUUGCCAUUGGAGCUUUCUUGCAAAUACACCAAGACCGGUCCGAACGAUCCCGAAUCUCCAGAGUUCGUUUCUCAUGGCUGCACUUUCUCCCUCAAGACAUACGUGAAGGUCAGAGCGAAUGGAACGUUUAGCGAUCACUACGACAGCGACAAAGAGACAGUUGUCAGCCAUACAAUACAUGGCAACAACACCUUGCUACCACUCGACGGCACUUUCAUCCCUAUCUCGGAGCCCAUUCGUUUAGCAGACAUGCAACGACAUGUCCAUUGUCUUGUUCCAAACUUCAAAACCUGGACGAUUUCGAUGGAUUACAAGAUGAUUGUGAAAUCACGUAUCCGUCAUGUUCAGACUGGCCAUGUCUGGAAAUUCGAGAACAAGUUUCCGUUUGAGAUACUGCCAGGAGAAGUGGCAAUGCCCGCAUACAGCGGACAGCAGUCAUCAGUGGUCGAAGCUGGACCAUCUGCACUCUACCCACCACAACUCCGAAGCCAGGAGCAAGCAUCGUCAAGCUCUACGGCUCCGCCAGAGUUCCGCGAUGAUCUGGCACCACCGUCGUACAACUCCGGCUACAUCUGGAAGACUGGUCCUGAAGCUGAGAAGGUGUAUUGA